AUGCUCAUAGCUCUUAUAGCAAUCUCCUCCGGUUUCGUUGCGCUCGUACUAUUUUUAGUAGUACGAGCGUGCCUUCGGCUUCGUCGUCGCUCAACGAGCGACAACGAAGCCGAACGAGGCCAGAAUUUACAAAACGGCAUCGCACGGCUUCACCAAGUGAGCCCCCACCACGACGCCUCGGCCCCGGCCGAGGCGUCGCGGAAAUCGAAUUACUACCUCUUCCGGCGCGGCGCGACGCCGCCGAAGGCGGCGGCCGCGCCGUUCAGCUGGGCGGACCACCCCGCCCUCGUUACCGACGCGGUGGAGAGCGGGUGGCCGCGGUUCGCCUUCGCGGCGGCGGCGACGACUGCGGUGCAGUCGUCGCCGUCUGUGAAGUCGCUGCUCGGCGCGUGCGCCGCCGCCGGCGACGGCGACGGCGGAGAUCGCGGCGUGGAGAUCGGGUGGGAGGUGUGCGAGGGAUCGGCGGAUUUUAUGCAGAAAAUCCGAUUGAAUUCGUCGGCGGUGGAGGUGGUUAGGGCGGGGCUGCCGCUGCCGGGGCCGAAUUUGGGGAAUUCGUCGUUUCCGCAGGAGGCGUAUUUUGAGGUGACGGUGGUGGCGUGCGGCGGCGGGGGGAGUGAGGGGAGGAGGGAGAGGAGAGGGAGAUCGGAGGGGGAUGAUCGGAUUAAGCUGAUUGAUGAGGAUUUUAAUGCGAAGAAUGGUGGGGAUUCGGUGAAUUGUGGCCAUAGCCAGAGGAGGAGCAAGGUGGAGGAGGGUAUAAUUGGGAGACAUGACGCGAAAAUUGAAGGUGUUUUGGUGUGUGUGGGGCUCACGGGGGUGAAUCCGAUUCCGGCGAGGUUUCCAGGAAGUUUUCCGGCGUCAAUUGGGUUUAAUUCCACCGGCGCGAUCUUUCUAGAUGGAACGAAGCACGUGCCAGAAUCCGAACCCGCAAGCUGGGGAAAGACGGACAAGGUGGUCGGGUGCGGCUACAGCCCGGGACAGAGGAAGGUUUUCUUCACAGUCGACUCCCAAGUAGUCCACGAGAUCCACUGCAAGACCGAGGACUACAACACCCCCCUCUACCCGACCCUGGCGGCCAGUGGGGAUGUCGUGGUGCUGGUGAACCUCGGGCAGUGCCCUUUCCGAUUCGCGCCUGCGAAUCAGCAUCGGACUCCCAACCCUUGCUUCAUGGGAGCCUCCCCUACCCUCGGGUACGAGGAUAGCAAGGAGCUUUUCUCGAUGGGGAGGAUCGAUUCGCUGUGGAUGCAGAGGAGUGCAGCCAGAAGCAACAACAACACAGUCAAUAGCAUCAAAGCUAUGGAAGAAUAUGAUCAAGAAUCUGAGGGUGAUUUGUUUGAAAUUGUUCUGGAAAGUUCUGGAAGAUCACCCUAUACAGGCUAUACUACUCCAAAUAUUCACUAGAAUAUUUUUAUAUAUUCUUUUUUUUUCUUGUAACCACCUGAUUCUUUUUGUGAAUGUGAGAUGUGAAUUUGCAUAAUUUUUUUAAUCAAUGGAGAGAGUGUCAGGGCUGUCAAA